GAAAUUCAUUGAUUUACGGGUAAUCAAGUGAUAGAAGCGUAAACGCACGGUCUCGGUUUUCUUUUGCGGAAGAAAUUUUUGUAAAACUAUAAGUGCGAAAACGGGAUAAUAUUGUGUACAAAAUCGAGUUCAGUUCUUAUAAUAAAUAUUAUUAAAAUCAUUGUACUAUUUAACUUGUAAUUGCUGUUUAGUUGUGAUCUUAACAAUAUAAGAGACGCUACGGAAAGAGCAAAAUUUUUUAUUUAUUGCCACAACUGUUUCCUAUUUCAAGAUUCUGCAUACUUUAGUCUAGUCCAUAGCACACACUCCCUUUCCCUAGAACACAGUAGUAACCUCUAAUAAAUAUGAGUAAAAAGCCUGCUGUUGGACCCGCGCUGCAUAAGGUGAUUAUGGUGGGCAGCGGUGGUGUGGGUAAAUCAGCGCUGACGUUACAGUUCAUGUACGAUGAAUUCGUAGAGGAUUACGAACCAACCAAAGCCGACAGUUAUCGAAAAAAAGUUGUUUUAGAUGGCGAAGAAGUACAAAUAGAUAUACUGGACACAGCUGGUCAAGAAGACUAUGCUGCCAUAAGAGAUAAUUACUUCCGCAGUGGCGAAGGUUUUCUUUGUGUUUUUUCAAUAACAGAUGACGAAAGCUUCCAAGCUACACAAGAAUUCAGGGAACAAAUCUUACGUGUUAAAAACGAUGAAAGCAUACCGUUCCUGUUGGUGGGCAACAAAUGCGAUUUGAAUGAUAAACGUAAAGUGCCGCUCAACGAAUGCCAGACACGCGCCCAACAGUGGCAAGUGCCGUAUGUGGAAACUUCUGCUAAAACACGCGAAAACGUCGACAAGGUAUUUUUUGAUUUGAUGCGCGAAAUAAGAUCACGCAAGACCGAAGAUUCAAAAGCGACAAGUGGGCGUGCAAAAGACAGAUGCAAGAAGCGGAGACUUAAGUGUACACUACUUUAGGCAAUAGGUAUUUUAUGAUCUUAUCAGGGAUAUUUCAUCGCGUAAGAAACAGCGUCAAACUGAUGUUAAACAGCCGACAAAAACCAAAUCUCUUUGCUGCCAAUUGCUGUAAUACCAACAAUUUCAACUACAAAUAUAAACCACACCAACCACAACAUUUCAUUAUAACUUAAAACAACAACAACAAAAACAACAAGAACACAAUAUAAUAAGCAUAAAUUUUAUAUUUGGUUUAUGAAAAU